UUUUGUUUAAGUUUUGAUUGUACUAUAAAACUGAAUAAAUUAAAUUAUUAACCUGUUCCUUAGUGAAAUCAUAAGAAUUUUGCUGAGCUAGAUUUGAAAAACUAACAGGCUGGCGUCAGAAAAUUAUACUAAGAAAAUGUUGGACGGGUGGUAUUGCCGCUCCAUAGCCAAUAUGCAGGCGAGCGAGGCCGCCAGCAUCAGCAACAACGUGCCCGCAGAGCCGCAGCCGCCGCCGCGCGAAGACUACUCCAGUGACAGCAGUAGCGAACCAGAGCCGGAGACUAACUACAAGUCACAUUACCUUACACUUAAGAAAAAGCUGAAAUAUCUUAUUUAUGAAAACGAGUGCUUCCAAGAUGCUCUGAGAUGCAGCCAGAAGAGGCUCCUUAAGGUGUCCCGGGACCGCAGCUUCCUCCUCGAUAGGCUGCUGCAGUAUGAGAAGCCGGAUAGCAGCACUUCAGAGAGUGAUGAAACAGAAUCCUCUGAUGACGCAGAUUACAACCGUGCAGAUGCUUUGAAAAGAAAGAAAAUCGAAGCGACUGCUGCCCACCAAACUGUCUCUGCUGUUGCCACACCAAACAAGAAUGCCAACACUGUGAAAAGAAAAAGAGCAGUUGUUCCUAAAAAGCCUCCUAAUGCUACACACCUUCACCAAACCAACAUGGCCAUGCUGUCAAAGGCGUCCCCCGCUCUCGGCUUCGGCCUGUCGCCCGGGGACGGGCACAUGACGCCCGAGGAGGUGGAGCGACAUCUGCAGUCGCGGCAGUCCUAUGUGGAGCUGCUGCCUGAGCGUGCGCCGCCAACUGUACCUACGGAGAUGUUUAGUAACGACCCAUCACUUGACAGUGAAUCAAAUGAUGUGCUGGAGAACUCCCCAAAUGUUGAAGAGUGGUUCGAUUAACUUAAGCUUUUACGUAGAAAUAUUUAAGGAAAAUAAGAUAAUUGUAAUGUCAUUAAGUAAGUGCAUUCAUUGAUUUAAUAUUAAAGAUGUGAUUUGUGUA